UACGUCAUAAAGUGUUCUACGUCAUAAAGCGAACAUUCGGCUAAGAAUCACUGACGCCUCCUCACUUCUCAUUUCACUCCGUGAUCGCACAGUAAUUACUACACACGACGCUACAAACACACGGUGAAGUCAUGUCACGAAGAAGCUCUCGUUUGGAAUCUGCCGGAUACUACGACAAUGACAGGAGACCAUUAAUUGUUUAUAGGGAGACCACACACAGAAUUUUCAAGACACGCAAGGCCAAUUUUCGAGCCAGACAGAUCCCCAACGUCACAGACAGCAACAAUAAUGGAAACAACAGCAAUGACCACAUCAUGUUCAGCUGGAAGAUUUUUGGCUUCCUCUUCCUCUUACUCCCUCUGUGUUUUGGAUGUGGCUACCUGGUUUCGAGUUGGAGCAGCAAUGAUUCGAAGCAACUGAGAGAGCUGCAGGACCAACUGCUGAAGUUGAAGACCAACAAUUUGCCCAACUUAGCUCUCGAGACUAAAGGAGCCAGAAUUGUACGCCACCGGACUUCUGAACCAUACCAGACACCAGAACCAGUGAUGGGAUUUUUAGGGAUACCUAUCUAUAAACGACCUGUCAGCCCAACGAUCGUUAUACAGGGACACUCAGAUCUUACUCCAGGACAGUGCUGGGCUUUCUCAGGUGGGCUAGGAUAUUUAUUCAUUGCCCUGCCCCACCCAUUCACCAUCAGCCAUGUGACACUGAGUCACAUUUCCAAGAACGUUUCCCCAACUGGCUCCAUUUCCAGUGCCCCAAAAGAGUUUUCUGUCUAUGGGCUGAAUGAGGUAGAUGAAGAGACCGGAGUCUAUCUUGGGAGCUUUCUUUACGAUCAGGAUGGAGACUCAGUACAGACUUUCAAAGUACCUUGUUUUUGGACCACCCAACUAACUCACUCAUUGCUAAUUUCUCUUGUUUCUCAGGAUUCUGGUGUCUUCAAGUUUGUGAAACUGAUUGUCAAAAGCAACUGGGGCAAUCGUGAUUACACCUGUUUGUACGACUUCAGAGUCCACGGAAAUCUGGCAGAUUGUGGUCAUUAGAGGGGUAAGUGUCUGUGAAGGUGAAUCAGGAUCCAAACAUUUGUGAAUAAAUAGG